AUGAGUACCUCACAAAAGCUGAAAAAGACUGAAGAAUACACAUUCUUGUCGCCCCAGUGGUUCUACAACAUGUACUACGUCCAUUUCCCAUUCAUUAUGUUAACAAGAGCUGAGCGUCUACUCCUUCAUGGAAGUCUACUACUCUUCAUUUUCUUGAUAGUUUAUGGGGCAUACUCAUACUUGUUUUAUGGGUUGAUGAAGGGUUUAUCUCAGAUGUACUAUUAUACAUUUGGUGAUGUACAAGUUUGA